UAUGUUUUGUUAAGUUGAAAUUGAAGUUAUGUUUACAUUCAUUGAUUACUCCAACAUGUGAACAUGACAUAACAGGAGGAGAUACUUCAGUAUCUUGUCUGCCUUUUAAACAUCCUUGCUUCACACUAUACAACUUUCAUGAAAAUUCACUUCCAUAAUGAUCCAGUCAGACACUCUGUCCCAAAAUGUCUCUCCAAGGCCAAAAGAUAGAUUGUUGAUCAUUUUAAAUAUUGAUCAUUGGGUAGCUCUAUUAGGGGAAUCAAUACGCUGUCCUCAAAACCUCAUUGUGUUCAAAAUUUCAACUCUACUCAAAUACAGGAAGUCAGGUGGUGUCUGAUUGACCCAACUCUGUACGCCAGCCCUCAUAUCACCAACACGUGUUCUAUCUCUGGAGGGUGUCAUCGUCCCUGUCUCUGUUUCCCCACUGUAAUCAACUCAAGCCCACCAGUGUGAGAUCAUAAACCCAACGCCUCUGCAUGACAGAUAACCGCAGGUGUAGAAGCACAGGUGAAAGUAGACGACAUCACUUUGUGCCUUAUCAGGCACAAUGUGAAUAGGAUUGCAACACAACUUGGAGGAGAGAUUACAAGAGAGGUGUGUUCGGGUUAUCGCUGAUACGGAAAAGUUUCAGGUGAUGUGAAGACCACCUUCCUUUCCAUCUGAGCGCAGGCAGCAUUUCUGAUUUUUCAGCCCAGGUGAGCUCACCACACUUGGACCAAGGACUCACAACACCUGUCCCAUCAAAUGGCUCCUCAAAAACACAAGGAUAACCAUGAAGAAUCCAAAGUGAGUCCUGUACCUUCCACUCUGGCUUUGGUGGAUGAGGAGCCAGAGGACGCAGACCCGUGGGAUCUGCCAGAGCUGAAGGACACUGGGGUACCGUGGUCAGCUCUGGAUACCAAAGGGAAGGUGCUGAGAGUGCUGCUGUCCAUAGGGAAGUUUGUUGUCCUCCUGGGUCUGCUCUACAUGUUCAUCUGCUCCCUGGACAUCCUCAGUUCAGCCUUCCAGCUGGUUGGAGGUAAACCCUCACGUGCACGUUUACAUAAUGACGUCAAGUCAUUUCUCAGGUCGAGGGCUGUGUCAACACUGUUGCAGAUUCAGCUGGUUGUAAUUUCUCCUGUUCGUACUGGACUGCUGACGGUGCAGGUGGCUGUUCCUAUCAUCAUGGGCACCAACAUCGGGACUUCCGUCACCAACACACUAGUUGCGAUGACACAAGCCGGUGAUCGCAGUGUAUUUCGGAGGGCUUUUGCUGGUGCCACGGUGCACGACUUCUUCAACUGGCUGUCAGUGUUGGUGCUGUUGCCUCUGGAGGUGGCGUCUGGUUAUUUGUAUGAGGUUACUAAGCUCAUCAUUGACUCCUUCAAUAUCCAAAGCGGAGAGGCCCCGGACCUGUUGAACGUGAUCACUGAUGUCCUCACCGAGUCCAUCGUCAUGUUAGAUAGUUCUGUUCUCAGUGGCAUCGCCACAGGAGACCCAGAAGCCCAGAACAAGAGUUUGAUAAAGAGAUGGUGCAAGACAUUUACGAACACGACCUUGAUGAAUGUUACAGUACCUGGUCCUGAGAACUGCACCUCUGAGUCCCUCUGCUGGAUGGAUGGCAACUACACCUUCACUACCAAGAACAUUUCUGAAACACACAAUAUCAGGAAAUGUAACCACCUGUUUGUGAACGUGAAUCUUCCGGACCUUGCCAUUGGUCUGAUCCUGCUGGCUCUCUCUCUGCUGGUCCUCUGCUCCUGUCUGAUUCUCAUCGUCAAACUGCUUAACUCCAUGCUGAAAGGACAGGUGGCUGGUGUCAUCAAAACCAUCAUCAACACUGACUUCCCAUUUCCAUUUGGUUGGAUCACCGGUUACAUUGCCAUUCUAGUUGGAGCUGGAAUGACCUUCAUCGUGCAGAGCAGCUCAGUUUUCACUUCUGCUAUAACUCCACUGGUUGGUAUUGGUGUCAUCAGCAUAGAGAGAGCAUAUCCACUGUCUCUGGGUUCGAACAUUGGUACCACCACCACAGCCAUCCUUGCUGCCAUGGCCAGUCCUGGAGACACACUGGCCAACUCUCUACAGAUCGCCCUGGUGCAUUUCCUGUUCAACAUCACCGGCAUCGUUCUUUGGUAUCCAAUUCCAUUCAUGCGCAUCCCCAUCCGAUUGGCUAAAAGUCUGGGCAACAUCACUGCCUCGUACCGCUGGUUUGCUGCGGUCUACAUCAUCUUAUGCUUCUUCGUGAUACCACUCCUUGUCUUCAGCCUGUCACUGGCUGGCUGGCAGGUCUUAGUAGGUGUAGGCGUUCCUAUAGUUGUGAUAUUGAUUGUCAUCAUUGUGAUCAAUGUCCUGCAAAAAAGGAAACCUGGGUGUCUCCCUGCACCGCUGCGAUCCUGGGACUUCCUCCCUCUCUGGGCCCAUUCUCUGGAACCCUGGGAUAAAGUGGUCGGUGUGAUGACUGCCAAGUGCUGCUGCUGCUGCAAAUGCUGCCAACUCAGUGAGAAAGAGUCUGUGGACAACAAAGUGAAAAUGAACGGGACGUGCUAUGACAACGCUGCCAUGAACGCAGAAAAGGAGGUGGAAAAUGAAACACAGUUAGAGCUAAAUAUUCUGAAAAUGACACAUCUUUGAGGGUUUGAAGGUAACCUGCUGUCACUGGGACCAGUCUGGAGAGUCCACCCUAUUUAUGUUUUAUUGUUUAAAUCAUUUUUAUAAGAUUUUAUUUGAUCUGUUUUAAAAAUUUGAGUUUGACACUGAAUGUUAAUCAAAAAUACAGCAAUAGGAUUAAAUACAAUACAUAUUUUAAUAUGAAUUUGGCCUUCCAUACUAUUACAUAUUAUUGGAAUAAAAUCUCUCAAAACAGUGUAUCUCAGCAUUUCAAGAGGUUUAAUAAGAGUUUUACUCUAAAACAACAACAACAAAAUGUAUCUAUUUAAUCUGGCUUUUCAUGUUGAAAAUUCCCAAAGGAGAAAACCCUACUAUGUGAUUUGCUGUACUGUAGUUUAUUUCCAGAACAGCAGGAAAACUAAUGGCAUCUUUAGCAUCAUUAAAAAGUGUAAAUGUCUUUAGCUUUAAAAGCACCACCAUGUUAGAUUUAGAUGAAAUCCUUAAACUUUAUCUAUUUCAGUAAUGUAAUGUAAAAUAUUUUUAUUGAUGACUUUUAG